AUGUCUUUCAUCAGGUCUUCCGCACUACGCGCCUCCUCAUUAGCUCGCGCUGCCCGCCCAGCGAGGUAUAUCCGCACUGCCGAGCUCCAGCCAUGGCAACGAGCUGUCCAACGCCGAACAUAUGCCAGCGGUCACGGUCCCGAGGGCGAUGCUAAGAGCAGUGAUGUCCCAUGGAUGGCCGCCGCCGUAGUUGGCACCGCUGUUGGUCUCUACACUGUCGUAAACCAAGAUACAAACCACGGCGCCGAACACCACCCUCUCGGCGACCCACAUGGCGAGGGCGGUGCUCAAAAGACUGGUACCGGAUCUACCGUAGGCGAGGAGAACAAGCAGGAGGAGCCUGAAGAGGAGACCAAGGAGGAAUCCAAGGAGGAAUCCAAGGAAGAGUCCAAGGACGAAUCUAAGGAGCCAAAGAGCGACCAGCAGAACCCAUCCAAGCCCACCAAGGAGAACAGCGAGGAGAAGGACACGCAAUCUCCUGACCAAUCUGACAAGCCCGAUCCCCGUAAGGAGGAGACCAAGAGCCAGAACGAGAUGUCAGGCAAGCAAAAGGGACUGUCCAACGACAACACCGAACACACCUCGCAGAUUUCCAAGCAACCCGAGAAGAGCAAGAAGGGCGAGGGUGUUGCUGAGACUGCUAAGCUACAAGGAACUGUCUCUACCGAGCGUCCUGGUGCGGAGAACAAGGAGGAGCGUGGAAAGGCUCAACAGGACAAGGACGCAUAG